AUGUCUAUACAAAGUUCGGAAGUAUCAUGUAAAGAUUUAAUAUCGCUUAAUGAUUUUACGAACGAGCUAAAAGAAGCAAUUAUAAACAUUAUUAAGAAAGAAGGUUACGAGAGAUGUAAGAUCGGGAAAAGAAUAAUAUCAUCAAAAGGUGGGAACUUUUUGGGUAUAUUAUACGAAGUGGAUAUCACUGGUAUAACUAAACAUGGUUACAAAGAAACCAAUCUGUUUAUUAAAGAAGCUAAAGUAUUGAAAAUAAAUAUAAUUUCAAUUAAAGAUGUAUACUCUAAUGAAGUUUUCUUUUACAACGAACUGGCUAAUAUUAUAAUGGAUUUACAAAAAGCUAAUGUUCCCGUAAACGAGAAGUUUAAAUUACCUAAAGGUUAUAAUGAAAGUUACGACAAAGCUAUAAUAUUGGAGAAUUUAGCAAGAAAGGGAUAUCAAAUCUACGAUAGAAGGAACGGCAUGUGUUUAAAAUUAGCUGAAUUGAUUGUGGAACAACUAGCUAAGUUUCACGGUGUGUCUUUUGUGUUACAAAACAGAGUACCGGAAUAUUAUGAAACAGUAAUUAAGUGUAAAAAACCACCAAUGAUGUUCGACGAGGAUUGGAAUUAUUUUAUAAGAAACAUUUGUAAAAAGAUUAUAGAAGUUUUGGAUAGUGAUAUAUUAAAAGAAAAAGUUAUGAAAUUUGUGCCUAAAAUGCACAGUAAAUUACAAAAAUAUUUAUUAGAUAACACUUCUGUUGGAGUCUUGUGUCACGGAGAUUAUAAACCUCAAAAUAUAAUGGUGAAAGAAUCAAACGGUGAAAUAACGGAAGUAAUGGCUCUGGACUACCAACUGAUAUACUACGGAUGUCCCGUUAAUGAUCUAAUAUUCUUUAUAUUCAGUGGAACAGAUAGACAGUUCAGAAAACAAUAUAUGGGACAUUUAAAAACUCUCUAUCACGAAACAUUGAAGAAAUAUCUAGGAUAUUUCAAAAUGGACGUUGAAAAUGUAUUUCCUAGGAAAGAAUUUGAACAGACUUUUGAUGAUCGAUUGGAAUAUGGUUUGACGAUAGGCGUCUAUAUGUCUUAUUUCCAAUUCGCAAGAGAGGAUGAUGUCGCUCGUUUCGGAGAGAUGGCGCUGUCAGAACUCGAUAUUAAUCCUUGUGAGGGAUAUGAAAGUUGGAUUCGAGGUUUGAUCGACGAUUACGUUGAAUGGGGAUAUUUGUAA